UCACUCAGGCAGAGGAGCAGGUGUGCACUCAGAGAGGAGACCCUGAAAAUCCUCAGCUGGUUAAGAACGGAGACAUUAUGUUGGGAGGACUCUUCUCUUUUCACACCAACUGGAGAGAAAGAGAGAACACCUACAUGGAAAAGCCCCAGCCGCUGCAAUGCACUAGCUUGAAUUUCAGAGAGUUCCAGUUAGCCCAGGCUAUGCUUUUUGCCAUUGAGGAGAUCAACAACAGCUCAGACUUGCUGCCAGGCGUCUCUCUGGGCUAUAAAAUAUACGACACCUGUGGAUCCAUUGCCAGAAGUGUGAGAGCUGCACUGUCCUUGGUUAACAGUAAUGAAAUGGUGGCUUCGCCUGCAGAGGAAUGCACAAGACCUGCACAGGUGCAGGCCAUAAUGGGGGAAACGUCUUCGUCUCCCUCCACGGCGAUAGCCACCGUCAUGGGUCCAUUUCACAUCCCACUGAUCAGCCACUUUGCCACAUGUGCAUGUCUCAGCGAUAAAAUCAAGUAUCCCUCAUUUCUCAGAACGAUACCCAGCGACUACUACCAGAGCAGAGCGCUGGCGCACCUGGUGAAGCAUUUUGGUUGGACUUGGGUUGGAGCCGUGAGGUCAAAUGAAGAUUACGGAAACAAUGGGAUGGCCACGUUCAUUGAAACCGCACAGCAUCUGGGCAUAUGUGUGGAAUAUUCCGUCUCUUUCUUUAGAACGGAUCCAUCUGACAAAAUACAAAAAAUAAUAGACAUUAUCAAAUCUUCGACUUCAAAAGUGAUAGUCACUUUCCUCUCCCACAUGGAUUUGGAUGUACUGUUACACGAAUUGUCGGGCCACAACUUGACCGGCUACCAGUGGGUGGGGACCGAGGCCUGGAUAUUUGAUUCUCAAACCGCCGAAGGCGACAUUAACCACAUUUUAGAUGGAGCGAUAGGCCUUUCCAUUCCCCAAGCAUACGUCACGGGACUGAGAGAAUUCAUGCUCGACGUGAGGCCUCUGAAUUCGUCAAACGCAGACUUGUUCACCGAGUUCUGGGAAGCGUUGUUCAGCUGCAAGUUCAGACUAUCGAAAUCAACAGAGAUCCUGAGAGAAUGCACUGGAGAGGAAGACAUAAACGGAGUGGAGAACAGCUUCACCGACAUGUCACUCAUGCCUAUAUUUAACAAUGUGUAUAAGGGAGUGUAUGCAGUGGCUCACGCUCUGCACGACAUCUUGGGCUGUAACAAAACGUGCGACGAAAAUAAGCAGCUAGAUCCGUUCAUGAUUUUACAGCGCAUACAAAGGAGUAAUUUCACUACAAAGGAAAGGGAUCGGGUCUUCUUUAACGAGAACGGAGACCCUGCUGCAAAGUACGAAAUUAUAAACUGGCAGCCGGGAGAAAAUGGGAUUGUGAACUUUGUCACGGUUGGUCUUUAUGACGCAACGUUGCCGGUCAACAAGCAAAUGAAUCUGCAAAAUAAGUCCAUCAUUUGGACACAAAAUUCACUUGAGGUCCCCGUGUCGGUUUGCAGUGAGACGUGUCCCCCAGGAACACGCAAGGUCCUCCAGAAAGGAAAGCCUGUGUGCUGCUACGACUGUAUAAGUUGUGCAGAUGGAGAAAUUAGCAACAGCACAGAUGCUGUCACCUGUGUGAGAUGCCCCCCUGAAUCCUGGUCAAACGACAGAAGAGAUGUCUGUAUAAAGAAAGAAGCUGAAUUUCUGUCUUAUGAUGAAAUUAUGGGAAUAUUACUCACAGCCGCCUCCUUAUUCGGAACAUGCAUAACUUCUUUUGUAGCGUUUAUUUUCUACAGACACAGGAAAACUCCUCUUGUCAGAGCAAACAACUCUGAGCUGAGCUUCCUGCUGCUCUUCUCCCUGACUCUGUGUUUCCUCUGCUCUCUGACCUUUAUCGGUCGGCCGUCUGACUGGUCCUGCAUGCUGCGGCACACAGCGUUCGGCAUCACCUUCGUCCUCUGCAUCUCCUGUGUCCUGGGGAAAACCAUAGUGGUUUUAAUGGCGUUCAAAGCCACACUGCCAGGCAGAAAUGUGAUGAAGUGGUUUGGGCCUACUCAGCAGAGACUCAGUGUUAUGAGUUUCACUCUGGUGCAAGUUAUCAUCUGUAUCGUCUGGUUGACCAUUUCUCCUCCUUUUCCGUCCAAGAACUUUAAAGAGUACAAGGAUAAAAUCAUCUUGGAGUGUGCUCUGGGGUCAGCUGUGGGAUUCUGGGCUGUGCUUGGGUACAUUGGACUUCUCGCCAUGUUGUGUUUCAUUUGUGCUUUUCUUGCUCGUAAACUGCCUGAUAAUUUCAACGAAGCCAAAUUCAUCACCUUCAGCAUGUUGAUAUUCUGUGCUGUCUGGAUCACUUUCAUCCCAGCGUAUGUCAGCUCUCCUGGGAAGUUCAGUGUCGCUGUAGAAAUAUUUGCUAUCCUCGCUUCCACCUUCGGACUGCUGAUUUGUAUUUUUAUUCCAAAAUGCUAUGUGAUGCUACUGAAACCAGACAGAAAUACUAAAAAACACAUUAUGGGGAAGGGAGCAGCAAAAUGAUUGCUAAAGACCUAGAGACAUUUAUAAGAUUAUAUUAUAUUCAAACUAUA